AUGUAUAUACGUCACACCUCGACGUCGGUCAUUGCUACAAGUCUGCGCGAUAUUGCUCGCUUAGGUUCUUGCGUAUUGGAGCUUAAUCUUUCAAAUUCCAAUGAUCUCGUGUGUCACCAGCUUAUGUGCGAGCACUUGGGUGACGCAUGCUCUUGUCGUCUAGCGCUAGCGCUCGAGCGAGUUCCGUGUCUUCAGCGUCUCGAUUUGUCCAAGAACCAACUACGUGCGCUACCUGACGCUUUAUUUGCGCUACAGUCUCUUAAGACGCUUAAUAUACAGCACAAUCGACUCACGACGCUAUCUACCGACGUUUACAAACUCAUGCAGCUCGAGACGCUAGACGUGCGGUACAACCAUUUGACGACAUUACCAGUGGAAUAUCUCGAGACACUUGAAAAUCUCGAGACUCUACGCGUAAAAGGCAACGACAAGUUGAUUCAUAGAUUACAAGAUCGACAGCUCAAUCUAUCUGACAAGUUAAAGACCAAGAUUGUGUUGGAUUAG